AUGGGUGAAAUGGAACAGAUGAAAAAGGAGGCCGAAGGCCUGAAGACACAGAUUGAGGCGGCUCGCAAAACAGCCCAUGACACAGACAUGGCGGCAGCCGCUGCUGGAGUGGCUCCGGCUCCUCGGGUCCAACUCAAGACCAGAAAGACUCUCAAAGGUCACCUGGCCAAAAUCUACGCCAUGCACUGGUGUACAGACAACAGGUGUUUUAGGCUAAUGGUCAGUGCAUCACAGGAUGGCAAACUUCUCAUCUGGGAUGCUCACUCUGGAAAUAAGGUCAAUGCUGUUCCCCUGAAGUCCUCAUGGGUGAUGACCUGUUCAUACGCUCCUUCUGGAAACCUCGUGGCCAGUGGUGGACUGGACAACAUGUGUACCGUCUACAACUUGAAGACACCUGUAGUCAAGACUGUGAAAGAGCUGGAUGCUCACACAGGUUACUUGUCCUGUUGCCGUUUCAUAAGUGACACUGAGAUCCUCACCUCUUCUGGUGAUACCACAUGUGCACUGUGGGAUUUGGAGACUGGAAAGCAGAAGACGGUUUUCCUGAACCACGUUGGCGACUGCAUGUGUCUGUCUCUGUCCUCCGACAACAACAUGUUCAUUUCUGGAGCUUGCGACUCUCUGGCCAAGCUGUGGGACGUCAGAGAUGGCCAGUGCAAGCAGACCUUCCAGGGUCACACAAGUGACAUCAACGCCAUCUCAUUCUUACCCUCUGCCACUGCGUUCAUCACUGGCUCGGAUGACUGCACAUGCAAGAUGUACGAUAUUCGCGCCGAUCAAGAAGUGAUCUGCUACCAGGAUGCAUCCCUGAACAGUGGAGUUACAUCAGUGGCUCUGUCCGUGUCUGGACGCCUCAUCUUUGCCGGUUACGACGACUUUAACUGCAAUAUUUGGGACUCACUAAAGGGCGAGAAAGUUGGUGUGCUGUCCGGCCAUGACAACAGGGUGAGCUGCACCGGUGUACCAGGAGAUGGCAUGUGUGUGUGCACUGGCUCAUGGGACAGCUUCUUGAAGAUCUGGAACUGA